CUUUGGUUUUCGUCCCUCAGCCUGCUGCCUUGGUGGGGGUGAAGAUUGGUCCAAGCGCCUUUGCCAAGAAUCCAGAAACAUGCCCCCCAAGAAACCAGAUGCAAAGAAAGAGGCAGCCAAGCCUGCUGCUGCCGCCCCAGCAGCCCCGGCAGUACCAGAGCCACCCAAAGAACCGGCCUUUGAUCCCAAGAGUGUGACCAUUGAGUUCUCUGCUGACCAGAUUGAAGAUUUCAAGGAGGCCUUCAGCCUAUUUGACAGGACCCCAUCUGGGGAGAUGAAAAUCGCCUAUGCUCAAUGUGGAGAUGUCCUGCGGGCGCUUGGACAAAACCCAACCAAUGCUGAGGUCCUGAGGGUGCUGGGCAAACCCAAACCAGAAGAAAUGAAUGCAAAGAUGCUGGACUUUGAGACCUUCCUUCCCAUCCUGCAACAUAUUUCACGUAACAAGGAACAGGGAACCUAUGAAGACUUUGUGGAAGGACUACGUGUCUUUGACAAGGAGUCAAAUGGCACUGUUAUGGGAGCAGAACUGCGCCAUGUGCUUGCCACUCUGGGAGAGAAAAUGUCAGAACGUGAGGUAGAGCAACUGAUGGCAGGGCAGGAAGAUGCCAAUGGGUGCAUCAACUAUGAAGCUUUUGUCAAGCACAUCAUGUCUGACUGAAGAAGAGAAACUUCAGGUUCUUGGAAGCAUUUCCAUCCGAACAAUUGUUACUAGUGGCACAGUUCCUUGACCCCUGUCCCUUCCUCUGCAAAGGUCCCAAGUCCAGAGCUGUACUUCACACAAGUCAAAAUGAAGAGUCCCAAGUGUCACAACAUGCCAACCCUAUACUAGUGUGUGCAAUAAUCUCUGUAUAUAAAAGGACACACAGCUGCCCCUCUGUUUUAAAUCUUAAUUUAUUCUUUUUGGGUUUUUCCUUGUGUUAUCUGGCUCAUUAAAUUUCACACACCCACCAAAUAUCA